GUAAGCAACAUUUUAAUUUUCUGAUAACCAGAAAUGAAGAGACUAAAAAACCUGCUACCAAAUUUCUCUCGUACUUCCAACACUUUGCAACAACUCCCAACUCAUUCUUCUCCUAACACAGAUGUCAAAUUCCACUUUUUUCACCAAAUUACUGCAAAUCUUCAUGAACCCAUCUCUAAAGAACCUAUCUUUAACAACCCAUCUCCUCCAAAAUCUCUGGAUUUCCUUACUGUUUGUGAAACCCUAUCAUCUUACAACAAUGAUUAUAAUCGUGCACUUGAAUUUUUCAACUGGGUAGAAACAAAUUGUGGGUUCAAACAUAAUACAGAAACUUACAAUUCCAUGAUAGAUAUUCUGGGUAAGUUUUUUGAGUUUGAUAAAUGCUGGGAAUUUAUUCAAAUUAUGAGGAGAAAUUCAUUUUCAAUGCCUAAUUAUACUACUUUUCGUAUAAUGUUUAAGCGUUAUAUAUCUGCUCAUUAUAUUCAUGAAGCAAUUCAUAUGUAUGAUAAGCUAGAGGAGUUUGAUUUGAAAGAUGAGACAUCAUUUUGUAAUUUGAUUGAUGCACUUUGUGAGUAUAAACAUGUGAUAGAAGCAGAAGAUUUGUGGGUUAACAGGCUAAAUUAUGUUAGGUUUGUGAGUGAGACAAAAAUAUAUAAUAUGAUGCUUCGUGGGUAUGCGAAGAUGGGGUGGUGGGGUAAAUGUAGGGAGUUUUGGGAAGAGAUGAGUAAGAAAGGGGUUCAGAAAGAUUUAGUUUCGUAUUCGAUAUAUAUGGAUGUACAAUGCAAGUGUGGGAAGCCAUGGAAAGCUUUGAAAUUGUACAAGGAGAUGAGGAACAAGAGAAUGAAGUUGGAUGUUGUGGCGUAUAAUACGGUUAUUCAUGCCAUUGGUCUUAAAGAGGGUGUUGAUUUCUCUAUUCGUUUGCUAAGAGAAAUGAAGGAUUUAGGGUGUGAGCCAAAUGUGGUUACGUAUAACACGGUCAUAAAGCUUCUGUGUGAGGAUGGGAGGAUGAAGGAGGCUUAUGGCAUGCUUCAUCAGAUGCGUAAGAUGGGUUGUGAACCGGAUGUGAUUACUUACCACAGCUUUUUCCGUUGUCUUGUUAAGCCAAAGGAGAUGCUUAGGUUGUUUGAGAGGAUGUUAGAAAGCGGGGUUUCUCCGAGGAUGGAUACUUAUGUGAUGCUUAUGAGAAAAUUCGGGAGAUGGGGAUUCCUUCGGCCUGUAUUUAUUGUUUGGGAUAAGAUGAAAGAACUUGGUUGUAGUCCCAAUGAGGCUGCUUACAACGCGUUGAUUGAUGCUUUGUUGCAAAAGGGUAUGGUGGAUAUGGCAAGGAAGUAUGAUGAAGAGAUGCUUGCCAAAGGGCUUUCACCUAAGCCAAGGGAGGAGCUAAGGAAAGAAGAAGCAGAUGACAGAUCUGGUGAUGUAGAGCUGUGAUGCUUCAAUUUGUCAAAGGAGUUUUGUAUUUUUUUUUAACCCCUGGACUCAGUCUGAACAUUUUGGGUCUUCUGCUCCGAAACUUGGUGCUGAUGAGUGAUGAGUAUAUUGGAUUUCGCGAAUAUGGUUCUUCUGUUGAAUAAUGUGGCUGACUGAUGUAUUCUGAAUCUGUGUUGGCUGAGAGGCUUGCACGCAUUUCUGAAUAGUUUUAUUCCCUUGAGAAGGCAUCUUAGUAUUCUGAAAAGUAAUGUUAUAGUGGGAUCUUAAUCUUGAAGCAUUUUAUAUGAAUUUUAAGGAGAAGCCAAUUCUUGACUUGAAGGUUGUAUCAGCCUAUCAGGUAGGUUUGGCAUAAUACCGUUUUCAUAGUGAUGGGGAUAGUCUUAUAUGGCUGUAUUUAUUGGUCAAGCUUGUCUAUGGGUCCGCAGUCCGCUGGCAUUUACUUCAUGAGAAGCUGCUAAAAGGAGUUCGGAGUCAGCCACUAAAGUAUCUCUUAUAUGAGUGCAAGAGUGGAAGGGAUCUUGGAAAGAUGGAAGGAUGAUUGAUGUUGCUUGUGAAUGUGAUGUCAAUAUUCGCUUUUCGCUCCAGUCAUGGAGUAGGAAAUGGGCGAUCCAAGGGGCUUGUUAUCUUAUAGCUACAGUGAGGAAAUUGAGGUCCCUGUCACCAUAGGCCAUAUAUGUACCCCUACGGCCCGUUUGGUAAGACUAUAUAAAUGGUGGGAAUGAUAAUGCAUCAUAGUGUAAAUUUGUACUAGAAAUCCAAUGUCAUUACCUAUGGUAAUGCUACUCCAUCCCAAGAUAUCCAUUUUUUUUCCCUAAAAUCUCAUUACUAUCUUACCACUUGGAAAGGUGGUAUUGGGUUGUAAUGGAAAUUUAUAAAGGAAACCCAUGUUUUGUGAUAAAGUUUCAUUCCCAUGAUCAUUGACAUGAGAACUUCUUUACAAAUCUACACUAAAUUUCAUUAUCAUUACCACUAAUUAUGACCACUAACCAAACGGGUCGUUGAUUAUCUCAACUUCUUGACUUCUUUUACAGAGAAUUCCUCUCUUUCGUGCCACUGGGUACCGCUCGUGUCCUUUGUCUGACGUCUAAAUUGGAUCCCAUGCUCUUCAUCAAAUUAGUUGUCUUAUCCAGGUUAUUCAUAUAUGACUGCUAAUGAAACAUACUUGCAGAUCAAUGGGAUUAACUUAUGGAACCCAUUUCCAACCAUUAUGCAAAAGUUCCCACUAGAGAAUCAUUGGAAGCUUGAAUCCGGGAUUGCCUACGGAGGACCAACUUUGAUUUACUGGAAAUGAUAGUCAUCUGGAAUAUGUACUUGCUGUUAGAAUAAUCUAAAAAUAUAAGGGAAAAUGUGAAGUUACUAGAAAGUUGUACAAAUAAAAAUCUAGUAAGUUGUAACAUAUUUUCUAGAAAGCUUAUUUGAUGUAGUUGAUGUAGAAAAAUCUAGAGACAAAUUAAAAAAGAAUGUAGAUGAAGCAUCUAGAUUAGAACACUCUAGGUUAGCUACAUCAAGAUCAAUAAAUAGGCUUAUAUACCAUGGCAUUUGCAAGAAAUAAGAAGAAAGCUUUCUCCAUAUAUACUACUACUCUUCUCAAUAUUCUACACCUCACUCCACAACUAAAUACAAACCAAGACUCUAAAUAUAAUAUCCACCACAUUCUUCCACUCAAAUUUCUAACAUUACAAAUGAAAUUAACAUUGGAAGAAAAGGAAAGAAUGAAAAAAAUGGGAGGAUAUUGGUGACAAGAGUACCAAUCGUUGAAAAAAAAAUGAAAAGAAAAAGAAGAAAAAGAAAAAGAAGUUCAAGAGAAAGAUUUUAGAAUUUGCUAAUGACAUGGGUAUUAGCAGAGAUGAUUGGUGACAUGAGCAUCAAUAAAAGAAUGAUAUUGGAUAAAGAUAUGUGAAAAAGAAAAAUGAAAAAGUUCAGAUUAGGGGGAGUGAGUUGGUAACAUGGGUACCAACACAAAACAAUAAAGAUGAAGAAAAUGUGAUGAAGCUAAGAAAUAAAGGUAGGAUGGUUGGUAACAAGAGUACCAACCCAAAGACAAACAGAAAAAUCAAGAUCGGAGAUUGUUGAUGACAAGGGCAUCAGCGGAAGAAUAAUUUGAAGUACAAGAAUUUUCAAGAUUAAGGGGGAGUGAUGAAAGUUAAUCUAGAAAAUUCUAGAUAGGUAUGUAAUGUAAGGAAAAAUCUUAUAUGCAUGUCUUAAAUUUUCUAGAAAAAUCUUGUAAAAUAUCUAUGUAAAAAAAUCUAAGUUUAGAAUAUUUGAGUGUGUGUUAGAAAUAUCAAGGUCUAGAAAAAUCUAGAAACUAAGGUACAACAACUAUAAAUUUGUUGUAUGUGUAUGAGUUAAGAGGGAGCUCAAAUGAGGGGAGCCAAACAAGUGAGCUCCACACAAGAUAUUAGGUAAAUGAGAGACAUGAGCUCUCACAAACACACUUGUACAAUUAAUUAUAAAUGAAAAUUCAAUUUUACGAUACUAUUCGGGUCCAUCAAAACUUCUGUAUGCGUCACAUAUUCUAUCACUUGCUAACUUAGGAGCCUUGUUGUUGGUUGAGUGCGAAAGUGGACGCAAAAGCUUUUAAGGGGUGUUUGGUUUGUUAAGAGGCAAGGGAAAUGGUUUGAGAAAGAGUUACAUUGAAAACCUUAAACCAAAUGCCUCUUAAUUAAUGAAAGAAAUUGACAGAACUGUUUUGAUUCAAAUAAACAUAUAGGGAUUUGUAUUUAAGUUCCCUUUAUAUUAUAUUGUUUGUAAUAUUAAUUCAUUAGUUUAUCUAGCUGAGUUUUUCUAUGUAAUUACAUAAAAACAUUUUGUAAUUUAUAUAUUUGAACUUGUUCAUGAGCUUAUCAAGCUCAUUCUUUCUCUGUAAUUACGUCGAUAUAUCUUGUAAAUUAUAUAUUUGAACUUGUUCAUGAGCUUAUCAAGCUGAGUUUUUUUUUUUUU